ACUCCCACAAUGAUGCUUAAAAGUUUGAGGAUGAGGGACCAUAUAAAAGCACGUCUGCUCCAUCCAGUCAGUACAACACACUCUGAGCCUUGAGUCCAGAACCAGAGAGCCUGAGACCUGUCACCAGAGAUGAAUCUUCUCACCUUUCUUUUUGUGGUGGGGUGCUGUUGUGCCCUUUCAGUGGGUGCAGAAGAAGAGAGCCCUGGGAGACGUUUCAUUCUAGAUUCAAUUGAGGAAGCAAAGAAAAUAGUAGAUGCUGCUUACAAGUAUUCUCGUGAUGAGAGUUUAGCAAGGGUGCGCAGAGAUGUCAUCAAGCCUUCCGACAAGUUACGUCUGCUGAAACAGCCAGCUCGAAAGACACGAGAGGCUGUGAGAGCCGCAGACUACAUGGUGCAAACUCUCAGACUGAUCAGUGAGAAAGCCCAUCAUGCACACAAGAGGUCAAUCAAUGCUACAGACCUGCUCACUCUAGAAGAGCUUAACACGAUUACACGUCUGACAGGCUGUGCGGCUCAAGUUCAGCCCCCUUCUUGUAGGACAACACCCCUCAUAAAUAAGUAUCGAACUGCCACCAAUGUCUGCAACAACAGGAGGAACCCACUUUUUGGUGCAUCUAACACCCCUUUUGCCCGCUGGUUGCCUGCUCGCUAUGAGGAUAGCAUCUCCCAGCCCAAAGGGUGGGAUCCCAACAGAUUGCACAAUGGUGUAGUGCUGCCCCUGGUCAGACUGGUUUCCAAUCGUAUUCUAAGCACUGCAGAUGCUGACGUAGAGAGUGAUCGUGACUUUACCUUCAUGCUUACUAUCUUUGGGCAAUGGGUUGACCACGAUCUGACUUUUACGCCCACCUCACCCAGCAUUAGGUCCUUCAGCAGUGGCCUCAACUGUGAUGAGAGCUGUGAGCGCUCUGAACCCUGCUUCCCAAUUCCGGUCCCUCCAGGAGAUCAACGCCUGCGUCCUGACACCUGUCUCCCUUUCUUCCGUUCGUCACCGGCCUGUGGUUCUGGGAACACUGCCUAUCUCUUUGGUGGGGUGCCCAAAGUUCGGGAACAGAUCAAUGCUCUAACAGCUUUCCUAGAUGCUGGACAGGUUUACGGGGCAGAGGAUGGGCUAGCAAAGGAACUACGAGACCUGACCAAUGAUAAUGGUCUUCUACGUGUCAACAAUCAGUUCCAGGACAAUGGACGAGAGCACCUGCCCUUCACCAAUGUAGAAAGCCAAAUGUGUGCCACGCGUAGGAAAACCCUCAAUGACACCACCCUAACAGAGGUGCCUUGCUUCAUUGCAGGGGAUGUUCGUGUUGAUGAGAACAUUGCUCUUACUUCAUUACACGCACUUUUCAUGAGGGAGCACAAUAGAUUGGCUCGGGCCCUCCAUGUACUCAAUCCUACCUGGAGUAGUGAAACCCUUUAUCAAGAGGCAAGAAAAAUUGUGGGUGCCUACAAUCAGAUCUUGGUGAUUAAGGAAUACUUGCCGAUAAUUGUGGGCCCUGAUGCUUACAAUAGACACCUUGGACUAUAUCCAGGUUACAAUGAAAAUGUGGACCCUACUAUUGCAAAUGUCUUUGCCACUGCAGCUUUCCGUUUUGCCCACCUGGCCAUCCAGCCCAUCAUUCCUCGUCUUGAUGAAAAUUACCAGAACCAUCCUCAAUUUCCAAGUGUGCCCCUCUAUGAGGCCUUUUUCUCGCCAUGGAGGGUGAUAUUCGAGGGGGGCAUCGAUCCUCUGCUACGUGGAUUGAUUGGUCGGCCAGCAAAACUGAAUACGCAGGACCACAUGAUGGUGGAUGCUCUUAGAGAGAGACUGUUUGCCUUUACAGCCCACAUUGCUUUGGACUUGGCCGCCCUCAAUUUGCAAAGAAGCCGUGACCAUGCAAUACCAGGCUAUAAUGAAUGGCGUCGGUUCUGUGGACUGUCCGCCCCUCAGAAUGUGCAAGAAUUGGCUGUGGUGAUGAACAACACUGAAUUGGCUCGCAGGCUGAUUGAGCUUUAUGGUACCCCUGAGAACAUAGACAUUUGGUUGGGAGGCGUGGCUGAGCCUUUUGUUCCUGGUGGUCGUGUCGGUGCAGUUUUUGCCUGCCUUAUCUCUACACAGUUCCAGCACAUUCGCCAGGGAGAUAGGUUAUGGUGGGAGAACAAAGGAGUGUUUACCAACAAACAAAAAGCAUCACUGGCCUCUGUGUCGCUGGCACGCAUCAUCUGCGACAACACUGGAAUUGGCAGAGUUCCCCUUGAUCCUUUCCGCUUCACCAGUUCAGCCAGUUACGUUAACUGUGGGGAUAUCCCUGCCUUAGACCUCAACCCUUGGAUUGAAACUGAUACAGAGUCUUUCCAAGGACCUCCAGGACCCAGAGGACCUCCAGGGGAACCUGGUCCACGAGGUGUAGCAGGCCCGCCUGGACCUCCAGGACCUCCCAUUAAUACCACAGGACAACAUUCUGCCUUCUUUGCUUCUGUUGGCACAACCCUUCCUUUCUCUGCUAAAGUGAUUGUGUUCAGUCAGGUCCUUUACAAUGGACAGAACCAUUAUGACCAAAAAUCAGGGUUGUUCGUCUGCCAGAUACCUGGUGUAUAUGAAUUCCAGUUCUCAGUCAUAGGAACUCGGAAUUUGGGCAUUGUGACCUUAAAGAAAGAUAAUGCUGUACAGCUAACUCCAGAAACAGUGAGCGCUGGUACACGAUCAUUAGCUGAAGGGAAGGUGAUUUUGAACCUACAGAGUGGAGACCGUGUGUGGAUAGAGACUUCUCGGGGUGCUAAUGGUAUAGGCAGGUCCAGCUAUUUCUCUGGCCAUAUUCUUUUCCCUGUUUGAGACUAUUACUUAUAAUGCAUUACUAUUUUCCUUUCAUGUAGCUGUUGUUUUUAUUUAUUUUAAAUGCAGUUGCGUGUAAAUGCAUAUAUCCUGCGGAUAAGAAUAACCAGAAAAAGCCUAUAAAAUGCAAAUUGUAAAUCCGCUACUUUUCAUUGUUUUUUAAAACACUGAUUUCUUUCUUACUGUGGUUUCUAAAGGAAAGUUGGUUCUGUUGUUGUUUUUUAUUAAUAAGAUGACUAUGACUAUGUUAGCUAUGCAAAAUUAAGGGUUCAGUUAUAUUUAAUGUUUGGAUUUUGAAUUGUUUAAAGCUAAAUGAUUCAUAAUUUAGAAACACAGAUGUAACCGCUCAUGCACUGACUUAUUUCUUUUAUGCACUGUAUGAUGAUAUUUUUGGUUUUGUUGUCAGAUUGCAACAAAAAUAUUCUGUAGUCCAUUCUGUGACAGUUAUAUUUGUGUAUGCUUUAAGUAAAGUGAAAUAAACAAAUAAUAAUAAUAAUAAAAAAAA